UGUUUAUCAUGAUGGCCCAAGAACCAGAAAUUUUUCUUUCACUUUCGUUCACUGGGUAUAUCAGGCCCAGAGCCAGUGUCUGCUUGUGUCUCAGAUGUGCAGUUGCUGACUGGGUCCACACAGCAAAGGAGGGCUGGGGUCUAACCAUUCUUGCCGACAGGAGGAUUCUGAGCCUGGGCAUAUGAACAGCAACGAGAAAAACCUGUUACCGUCCUGUGGCCUGCCCUGGGGACCCAGAAGAAAUCAUGGCAAAACUAGUGGGACUACGCUUUGUUGAAGAAGUCACUGAUUAUCUCACAGACACAUUCUUAAGAGAGGAUCUGGAGCGGCUGAUAACUGAAGAUCAAUACUGGAAGACAUUUGUGGAGGAAGCAGAGUUGUCAAGCGAGGAGGAAGCUGCCCUGCGUGCUGCACUGAAAGGAUAUUUAGCACAGGAGCCCGCAGAUAAAGAUGACCGGCGUCAAAGGGAGCUGCAGAGAAAGAGGUUCCUGGAAGUAUUCCCUCAGUUGAAAAGCAAACUUGAAGAAGACAUCAGGAAGCUUCACGGUCUGGCUGACCACCUCGACGAGGUGCACAGGGGCUGCACCAUCUCCAAUGUCGUGUCCAGCUCUACUGCCGUUGCCUCUGGAGCCCUGGGCCUCCUUGGUUUGGCUCUAGCACCCUUUACAGCAGGGGCCAGUCUGGCGCUCUCAGCAACUUCCUUGGGGCUGGGAACAGCAGCAUCUCCCCUUUAGGUCUCUUCUCCUGGGACAAGAAGAAAUGCCAUCAAGAUGUAGAUCUCUGGUAGAGCAGAGGACUCUGAAUCCUUCACCAGAGGUGCCCUGUGGGUGAGACAUCAAGGUAUAAAUUCUGCUAGAGAGGAUGCUGGGAACUUCUUAGAGGAAGCAAUGCAUGAUGGUUCUAGGUAAUGGUGGCUUUCUAAUGCCCUGUUCAACAACUUCUGCACACCACAGAGCCCAGGAAUGAGCUGAGGGGGGAGGAGAGGCAGUGUGCCUGGAGGGGUGGAACUGGUCAGAACUGGAGGUGUGGAGAGUGAUCUGUGGGAGUCCCUGAGCCUGAAAGUACAUGGUUUUUUUUUUUUUUUUCCCUUCAAGACCUUGGAGAACCCACAACAAUACAGGUCUGUAGAGAAGAAUCUAGAAGGUCAGCCUGAGGUUGGCCAUGUGUUAGGGCCAGAAUGAGCCUAAUAUCUAGAAGGGAUGAAGAGAACUCAGGAGACGGAUCUCAUGGAUGGAAAAUCACAAGAGGUUUAUUUUGACCAUUGAGCAAUGGGGUCACCCCUGCUGGUCUGCAAGGAGUGGCACUGGGAGACAAAGGCCUUAGGUUUUUAAAGGACAAAGCGUGGGAAUUUUCAGGGCUUGCAGUCUUGUCAAUUCAGGAUUGGAUGAGGUAUUUAACUUUUAAAAUAAUUGGUAGGUUCUGGGCACCCUUAGGUCUGGUCAGCCCCGUCAUAAAUAUCUGAUUUUCAAGUCAGUUUGGAAUUUCGUGCCAUAUGAGAUAUAGCCACAAUUAAAGGUGGGAGAAUGAUUAACUCAUCCCGAGUCUGUUCUGAGGAGUGGGGGCUAUAGGCUUUGGGUCAAAGGUCAGGAGCUAUUCAGGAGGAGGAUUGGGGCCAUUUGGCCCAGUUUCCAAACAAAGUUUACCUCACAGGCACUGGACGGUGAUUUACUCUCUACCUAAUAGAGAUCUCUGCUUGUUCUCUUCCUUAUCUCUGCCCAAACAGAUGGCUAAAGUAAAAGCACAAAGAGCCUUUAAUUAACAUGGGCCUAAAACUUGCAAAUAUAAGUUAUAAGGCAAUUAAAAGAAACAUAGGUUACAAAGUUAGUCUGAUUCUUUCACAUGUGAGUGUGUGGAAAAGAGUGGAGUGAGGAGGGAGGGCCAGCACCUGGGUCUGGGGUUUGCUGGAUCUGAGCUGCUCAGAAGAGGAGUUUCUCCCUCUUGCUUUGAGUUCUGGCCUUUGUCCCUCAUCAUACAGUCACAGCCUGUGGCAGCACCCAGACCCCCAAGAAGAUCUGGGUGCUGCUCCAAUUCAGCCUCUUGCCCUCGAGAGAAGGCAGCUCGAGAGAAAGGUGUCUACCCAUUUUAUGUACUCAUGGAUGAGAGGAUGGCUGGCCUCCGAGCCUUGUUGUGUCUUGGUGCACUUGUGAAGAAGAGAGAAGCUUUCCCUCAGGAGGAACUUCUGAGCUGCCGGUGCUCAGCUCAGAUGGCAGAAUCCUUGAGGCCUGACAGGGGACCCCAAAAGGAAGGUGUCUGAUGUGGGUGCCCACUCCAC